GAGCGCCGCGUGCGAGAGCGUCUAGCGCAUCUACCUCUUGCAGUGUGCUCGAGCGCGGCGUUGGGUCGGGGGGCGGUGCUGCGAGCCAUGUAGCUGGGAAAAAGUCUUCGUGGAUUGAUUGAUUGAUGUGCUUCGAGCUCUCGGGCCGAAUAUUUUAUUGACCCCGGGCGGAAGGCGGAGGAGGAGAGUGGGCGCUUAAAGAGUAGGGGUGCGCACCGGUCGACGAUCAAUCGAUCCUCACUAGACCAGCAGCAGGAGGAUUAGCUUGGAGCCUGAACACCUCAUUGCGUAAAUCGGUUCCGUGAAUGGGCGUGUCGCAAUCGCCUGGCGGGGUCCAAUUGCGCGAUUGUGUGUUCUCGGGUCGGAUUAGAAACUAAAUCCUUCUUGACCCGCAGGGUUAAACAGUCGAUAUCACUCGCUUUGAUUUCCCUUGUCUCGUUCUCGCGAAGAGUUUACGUACAUUGUACGCACUUUGGAGGCGAGUCGAGUUCGAGUGCGGGACCUUCAGGCGAAACUUCUCUGACGACUGAGAGCAGAGGGUUUCAAUUGCAUUGGUCCGCGACGUGCUCUGGCGGAGCAUUGCCUCUCGCUUCUCUCCGUUAAUUCGCUUCACAUUCUCUUGAAUCUUUGUCGCCGAUAGUUGUUUCAUCUCGGCUGAGCAGUUAUAGCUUCAACAUUCGAUCCUUUCCUGGGGAACUUCGAACUUCUCAAAUCUCUGAUCUCGCUCUCUCUCUUAGCCGAUUGGCUAUCAAGAUUGUAGGUUCUUCGAAGACGGCGAUAGGUCUACGGAGCUCGAGAGAAUGUAAAUUUCGUACAAGACUAUUAGGAUAGCUAUUUGUAGUGUCACAGGUCCAAAUAUCUCCUUGGUGAAAAGGAUUCGGGGUGUGUGAGGAGAUACACGAGGAUAUUACACCGGCUUGCAUACUGCGUGUUCAGUUUCCAUAAGGCUGAACGAGUGUUGAAGGAAUUACACGAAACACAGGAAACAUGGCUUGGUCUCCUGAUAAUGCGGCUCGUGCCUACCUGGAAACCAUCCGAAUGCGCAAACUUGAUCACCAGAGAGGCUAUACUGCAUUGAGGCACUCAGAGCCUCACAAUACGGAGCUUAUCGCAGCACUUGCUGCUGGGAUGAACGCCCAAUUGCUUCUUGAAAUCUGUUCUUCCGCUGCUCCUUCCACAAUUGCCCUAGCUGCUGCCGCACGUCAGACUGGAGGGCGUCUGAUUUGCAUUCUGUCCGACUCGAAUGCUCUGCUUCAUGCGAUGGUGGCGAUGAAGGAGUUGAACUUGGCAGGGGUUGUCGAGUUCAUUAUCGGCGACUCGAAGGAGAUUGUCAGACAGUACACAAAUGUAGAUUUUGCUCUUGUAGACUGCAAGGAAGAAGAUUGUGCGGUUAUUCUGGAUCGUUUGAAUCUAAACCCCACCUGCGCGGUGGUGGUGGCUGAUAAUCUCUUCGAUAGGAGCGCAACCACCGCUUAUGGAAACUUUGUGAAGAAGAGACCCGGUGCAAGUUCCAUUACGCUCCCAAUCGGUAAAGGUAUUGAAGUAACUCGCUUCAGCAGAGUGGAGGAAGCCCGGCUAGUCGGGUUGGAUGAAGUGAAUAAUUGCAGGAAUGUAGAGGAGACCAGACGCCCAAAGAAGAGAGAUGAUAAGUUGAGGAAGGGAAGGCGAGUGAGGUUUUUCAUAGAGACGGAAGAGAACAGCGGCGAAUCGGAGGACGGUUGGUUCUGAUCGAACAGGCCCAUCGCCAGUGAUGUUCACCUUAGCCUACUUUCGAACUUAACUUACAUGGAAACAACUUUUCAACUCGUUUGUUUUGCCAACUCUUCAGGCGUCUACGAUAUUUCUCCCAGAACCUGCGGAUCACCUCCCGAGUAGAUUGACAGCCCUUGUCACUCUAGCUGUAUUGGAAGAGGGACGAUUGUAAUCUAAUAUCACGCCGUGGAAGUCCAUCACGAUCUGGUGGGAUUGAAGAGGUCUCUAAUGUACAUAGUUACGCUCAAUUAUCGAAUGCUGCGGAUUACUGCACUAAUGAGGAUAUGCCAAACCUCGCUUCAUCUCUCGAGAGGACAGGUAUUACUACGCGAUUACUGUCCAAGAAAACUGCUCGUCUCUUCAAGUGUCUAGCUGGACCUAAAUUCUGCCAGGAAGUGAUGGUUUUAUUCCAGCAUUGUAAAAAAUCACUGAAUAGUUUUAGGACUUAAUGACCAAGUGGUGGCAACCUUUUUUAGAGAGGAAAAACAUCGUCGAACCAUGAUUCCUUGUAAUUUUUGCGGAUCAGCGAAAAGCUGGCUUGAUUAAAAACGCGGAAAGCCAUUUGU